UAUUGACAUGAUAUGAGGUUCAAGGUGAUCCCAAAUUUUCGAAUUUUUAUGAAAGAAUCCUACAUUGAUUUAUGGUCGUCUUUGAGUUGAAUUGGAUAAGUUGAACACAGGUCUAGUUGGUGCAGAUUUAGUAAUACUGGUACUUAAAGAGAAAUACUACAUUACUAGAUUUUGUAGUAAACUGAACAAGAUGGUUGGUGGUCAAAUCCAUGCUGAGGCGCAAGUUGAUGCAAUAAAAAAGAUUGAGAAUGUAUGCCAUGAACUAAUGCUAUCUGAAGAUGACUACAGGCAGAUAAUGAACCUGCUUCACAAUGAGAUGAAUAAGGGACUGUCUAAAGAGAUGCACGACACUGCUGAUGUCAAAAUGUUUCAAACGUUCAUCCGAUCACUUCCUGAUGGCACAGAGGAUGGAAGCUUUCUGGCAUUGGAUCUGUCGGGUCAGAGUUUCAGGGUGUUAUAUCUCACAUUACACCCUGGUGGUGAGACUAAAGUGGAGCACAAGACCUUCCUUAUUCCGCAGUCUAUCAUGACAGGCAAGGGAGAGCAGCUAUUUGACCAUGUAGCAACUUGCAUAGAGAAGUUUGUGAAAGAUCGAGGUAUUCCAGAGGGUGAGCUUCCGUUAGGGUUUAUGUUCCCAUUCCGUGUACGGAAGACGGGUCUUGCCUCUGCCACCCUGCUGGCUUGGGGGAAGGGCUUCCAGUGCAGUGGGGUCGUGGGGGAAGAUGUUGUCUCUCUUCUACAACAAUCUCUAAACAAACUACAGGGUAUACGUGUGAAAGUGGUUGCCAUAAUGAAUGAUACUGUAGCUACCCAGAUGUCUUGUGCCCAUGCAGAUAAGAACUGUCUCAUUGGCUUAAUACUUAGUAAAGGUAUCAAUGCUUGCUACUUAGAGAAGUUGGAGAAUGUACAGUGUUGGGAGGGGGACCACAAUGAACCCAAAACUGUGAUAGUUAAUACAGAAUGGGGAGCAUUUGGCAGCAAUGGUGUUAUAGAUCAGUUCAGAACAGGCUUUGAUAAAGAAUUAGAUCUAAACUCAAGCAACCCUGGACACCAAAUAUUCGAGAAGAUGAUAUCGGGAGAGCACCUCGGAGAAAUAGUUCGUCUAAUAAUGAUGCGACUUGUCAAUGAAAAACUCCUUUUUAAUGGAGCUGUCUCAGAAGAAUUGCUUACUGCCAACAAAUUCCACACAAAAUAUCUAUCGGAGAUCGAAGGUGACACAAAAAUGAAGGAAGAUUAUCGAAUUACACGUAUGGUUCUCCAUGAAGUAGGUCUGGAUGACGUCACAUCUGAAGAUUGCGCACAUGUGCAGUAUGUCUGCUCUGUGGUCUCAACACGUGCAGCUUACCUUAUCUCUGCAGCCCUAGCUGUGUUAUUAAAUCGUAUUGGGCAAGCUGAAGUCACAAUAGCAGUGGAUGGACCUCUGUACAGGUUCCAUCCCAAGUUUCACGACAGAAUGAUGGACAAAAUAAAUCAACUUGUAAAUACAGACAUACUGUUUACUAUCAAACAAGGAGACCGUCAUGGGAAAGGUUCAGCGCUGGUCGCAGCAGUAGCACAUCGAAUCCUUUCCCAGGGGCACUAA